GCAAAGCGACCAUCCUUGUUGGAGUCUCUGCAUAUCAAGAAUCGUCUUUGUUGUGUUGAGCUAGAAAGCUUAUUCCAUUUUCAUGGUCAAUAACCCAAGCACUCAUAUGGCUGCAUGGACAAGACGAUGGACACUUGUGGCAUGUUAUUGCAUCACUUUGUUUGCAUUCGUUGUUCAUGCUCAGCAAUCCACAAUCCCUUCAACUCCUUCAGGUCUUCUCAUCCCUCCAACUUUCAAGGUCGGUGACUGUAUUUCUGGUCGUCUUGAUCUUCAUAAAAACUCAAUCAUCGAUCUUGGCGGCGCUGAAGCCAGCAGGUUCACUGUGGAUCGCAACAAAUACAACUUCACUCUCGAUUAUGGUCAAGUGGACUGGUCUCAUCAGCCCAACUCUGCUAGCUUUGUUCUCACUCGUCCUCCACCUUCAUCGGAUCCUAAAGCCAUUGCUGUAGGCACACGUGUGUCAACAACUCGUUAUAUCCGAUAUGGCAAGAUCACUGCUCGGUUCGAUCCUGCUGAAAAUCCAGGCGUUGUGGCUACAUUCAUCACAUUCUCUGAUAUGCAUCGAAUGGCUCCUAUAACUAAAGAGUUUGUACAGGACGAAAUCGAUUGGGAAACCGUCGGUCGAAAUACUUUGCUUCCCGAGACGAAUCUAUUCACAUACAAGGCAUUGGAUGUGGAAAGGGGCAUGCAUGGUGGUCCCAUUGCCUCACCAAUUCAAGGUACAGGUGCUCAUGAAUAUACGAUUGACUGGAAGUCUGACUCUGUGGAAUGGAGCAUUGAUGGAAAAGUCGUACGAACUCAACUUCGAAACCAAUCUUUUCCUGUUAAUCCGGCAUCACUCGCCAAAGAUGAAUUCUGGUUUCCAGACUCUCCCUCACGCAUUCAGCUCUCUGUUUGGGAUGGUUCAAUGACCAAUCGAGAAUGGGCCGGUGGUCCUAUCCAAUGGGGCUCGGAAAAUACAAUCAAGGUUCCAUUCGAGUGGGUUGAUAUUCAAUGCUACGAUAAUCACGAUCAUCCAGUUGAUAGAUGGUCAGCAGAUGGAUCUGGACUUCCAACUGCAGAAGCAGCCAUUGUUGUACCACCACUUUCUGGCAAUCGUCGUGACGGCCAGUCGUCAACUCAAGGACAGUCAAAUUCCGUCACUAAAGGCAUAUCAGGAACUUUGAGUCAUGCUACUAUAUAUAUUGGUGCAGCUAUACUGUGUCUAUGGUCCAUUGGACUAUGAUGUUGUUUAUAAUCAAAAAUGCCAAAACUUGAUGUCUUGUGCAAGUUUAAUUCGAGUCCAUUGAACUCACAACCAAUAGAGUUGAAUUUAAUCAUGCACGUGUCCUGAGAUAUAAUCAUAAAAGUGUUCAUGUCCAUAUAAUGAAGAGACUACAAGAUAACAGCUACUCUGAAGCCAAUCACAGCACUGCCAACUUGCAAAUUCGCCGUUUGUGGUUUUAUUGUUUCCAAAUAUGGAAUAAAUUACGGCAGCACCCGUUAUUAUAAUU